AUGGCGAGUUCCAAAGUGCUGCAAGGACAAUCAGUGCAAGUAUUCACCGAAGGAAUUGGUUUGAUUUUGAACCGCUGGUCAGCUCUCCGAACCGCCGUCGAAAACGAGUGGGGCGGCCGUGACUCUCAUCUCAAAGCUCAACAAUUCGCCACCGAUUUGCUUUCUUGGUUCACUCAAUCCAAAGAGCCACUUUAUAUUGACGACCUAGAAACCUUACUCGAUGAAGGCAUGCUUUCUUUCAAUCUAGAGAUUCAGGAUGGUAGCGUUGAAGAGGUAGCGGAAGAACUGAUGAUUAUGCAUGAAGAAUGCUUAGAUGGUGAUUUUAGUUCUGUUGAGCGUCUCCGAGAAGCUAGUCGUAAUCCACCUGCUCAUUCUCAGGUGCAACAGGUUGUGAAUGGUAACGAUGAUGAUGAUUCUGACAAAGACAUCAUUGGAGAUGAUAAUUCAGCAAACAUGGAUAUGGACAUUCAAAAAUCCGAAACUAACUUGAAUUCCACCAACAAGACAGUUAACGAGCCUCAGCCAGAGGUUGCAGGUGAAGCAGCAGAUGAUGGAUGGGUUGUUGUCUCCAAGAAGAAAACUAAGGGUAGAAAGAAUUAG